UGCAACGGAAGAAAAAGGCUUGUUUGUAUCAGAAAACCAGUCGAAACGUUUACCGGCAUGGAGGAUUCUAGUAAGGUGGUGGAAACGUUGAAAAAGGUUGGCGAAUUCGACGUGCGUCGCCUGUGGUUCAUCCACGACGAAGCGUACCGUGAGUUUUUCGAGUGGUUUAUCAAAAUCGACGACGUAAAUAUAGUCACGGAUUCGCUGCUAAAAGAUUACGAUGAGCUACAGCGAAAUGGGACCGUGCAGAAUGAAGCAGAUCUUGAUGCACAGCUGUUAGAGUUGAACGAGGAGUAUGAAAACAUUCUCGAGUACACCGAUGGCGAUUUGGCGACACUGGAGCAGCAGUUGGAGCAACUGGUGGAAAUUGAAGAACAGUAUGAAAAGCUUCUCAAUGGUGCCAAGAAAACGGAUAUAGUUCUAACGAAAGAGUUAUCCGAGCUGGAACGGAAGACGAUGGAUGGCGAGUACGUGCUGGAGAAGCUUGUUUCCAGUUCUGCUGCAAUGGCCAAGCAGCUGGAAGAUAAACAGUCUGCAACGCAGCAACAGAUUGUCGAUUUACACCAUUGCUAUCUCCAGCGGCAAAAUCCUCCCCUGUUUAUCUAUCAAAUGCCCAUAGAGCAGUUCAACGACAAAUGCGACCAAUUUCUUAAGUAUCUAGAGAUGUACGUCAACAAGCAUUUCACUGUAAAGCGUUUGGAUAGCUCGAAAUCGACCGACGAUAUGGACAAUCAGCAGGUUAUUGAGGAGUUGGAAGUCAUCAAAUUACGGCUCGAUACCGAAGAGAUGAAGCUGCUCGACGUAAAGCGGGAGUUUGCCGGAGUGAAAAGACUUGUCGAGCGAUUACAACACCACAGCUGGUUGCCAAUGAAGCUGUCUGGAUUGAAGAAGCAGUACGCUGAGCUAAAAAGCAGCAACGACCGGGAUCUGCUGCGGAUGGACCUGCUUAAACACGAGCUCGAUACGCUGAUCAAGGGGGUGAAUGAAUUGAAAAUCGAAUCGGUGCUGUAUGAAAACAACCGUACAAAGCUGGACCGCGCUGUUAGCCGGCUCGAGUACAUCCAGCGGAUGGCCGAAAACAUCUCCAAGGAGCUAAUGAAUGCGGAAUUGUUGUGGAUUCUGAUGCAGCUGGACCUCGAGAAGAUACGCGAUCGGUUCGACAAUGCGGACGAAGUAAACGGUGAAUCGAUGAGGUGCUUCAAGCGUAUCGAUACCAUGAAGCAGGUGGAGAAAAAUUCCACCCGAGCGGAAGCGUUUGCUGAGUUUUUGGCGCAACUUACCGCACUGAUUGCUGAAAAGCAGAGUAGAACUGAAAAUAACACGAAUGGAGCAUUAAAAUGGUGCCUGCAGCACUUUGCCGGGUUACAAAAACGACUGUCGAAGCAAUGCGAAUCAGUGGCGAAUGGGAAAUAUCAUAAAAAAGCUGCUAAAUUGCUGGACCAUUUAAAUAAUCAAGAGAAAUUGCUCAUCCGCUUUGUGUUUGAUGGUCCACUGAAUUACCCUCAGUUCUUCGAUCAAGUGUACUUGCAGCGUGUUCAGAAGCUUAACUACAUUUUAAACGAGCUGGAUCGAGAUGCUCGGAAUUUACGCAAAGACUAUGCACAAAAUAUCGAACAACGGAAGCAAAAUCAAAAGUUUUGGUUCUUUAAUCAGCGGCUGUGGAUAUGGUUCAUGACGGAGCCGAAAAAGGUUGUGGCUGCGAUCAACGAUAUUAAAUCCGAGGCAUCGAAAACCUCCACCUACAAGGGUGUAUCGGGCAUCAAGUGCAAGAUGAUGGGAGACGAAAUGAAGUAUUAGCGAUGGUAAGGCACACUUCAUCCUUUUCCUGCAUGCUCUUCCGAUGCUGGCCUGAAUGAGCUGAAGUGUUAACUGUAAGCAAAGUAUUAUGUGGCCUUACGAACUGGGUGGACAAUCACGUGCUGGAAAUAGUAAUGAAAAUCAUUUGAAAGUACGAUAACUUCAUUCAGCUUUCUGAAUUAAUCUAUAUGCCAGUUGCAGUAGGAUAGGUCAAUGUGAUGAAAACAUGUCAAUUUAAUCAUCAUCGUACACUCAAUAAAAUAUGUUGUAGUUAAUUCGUAGAAAAUAUACUAAAUUGUUCAGUGUUUUAUAGACAAUGUUUUUAAUCAAAAAUAUCAAUUCAAUCUCAAC